AUGCCAGGUUUAGUGGAGCAAGUGUAUUAUCACUGUGCAGUGAGGGAGGAGGAAGAGGAAAAAGAACAACAACUGCAAGUUGAUGCACCUUUGAAAGGAAGACAAUGCCUGCAACAUGGAAAAGAUGGUAAUAUUACCUCUUCUGAAGCACCUUCCUUUUUUUCUUCAGUGGGAGAACAACCACUUCCUAAGAAGGAGGAAGUGCUUCAUCGUACUCACAAAGAAGAACAGAAAGAACAACCUACUCAGAAGGUUGAAGAAACAAACAAUGUUGUUGCUGAAAAUGGCGAUACCCUCAACGAUGAUAGUGAAACAGUUGGGCUUGGAAUCAUAGCUGAGAUUGUAGAAAAUGCCAUAAAUGGAGAGACUAUAAGCAGUGCUAGCAUAAAUUUUGAUGCAUCACAACAUAAGAAUAGUGUUUAUUUAGACAAACAACAAGGAAUGUGGAAAUGUCACCACUGCGCAUGGACCAAGCAAGUUGAAAGUCCUUGGAAUUUGCGGCGUGGGAAUCUUAAUGGCUACUCUGCCUUGCUCAUGAAUGUUAAAACUAUGAUUCAACAUGGACCAUGUUUUGUUUGUGGAACUAAAGAGAGUGGAGACCCUUACCUUGAAGAAGCAACUUUAUAUGGUGAAAUUUUGCUCGAUGUAGUUAUUGAUAACAAAGUGAUUGAGGAAGUUAAAUGUGAUGCUUCAAUCGAAGGUUCUAUAACAGAUCCCGCUUCAAUUGAAGAUUCUAGAAUUGAUAUUCCGGAAAGUUCACUUGCUAAUAUACCUAUUAGCCAUGGAGGAGUAGAUUCUUCGAUUCCCUCAAUAGUGAAGUCAGUUGUAAAGAUUGAAUCAAGGAUAGAAAAAGGCAAGAAAUCCAAUGUGGCGCUGCAGAAUGAGCCAUUGGUUGAACAGAAUGAUUCCCGCACGCAGAGUUCCAGUGAUGUGGAAGACAAAAAUCGUGAUUCAGUGGUUGUGAUAAAGACAGAUAUAUCCAAUCGUGAUAGUGUUUUAUUAGCAACUGUUGCUACUACUGAAAAUGUGAGACAGAAAAAUCGUGAUCUUGUGGAUGUGAUAAAGACAGAUGUUGUUGCAAAUAUAUCCAAGCCUUAUAGUGUUUUAGUAGCAGCUGUUGCUACCACUGAAGUACUUUUUAAUGCUGGGAAACCUGCACAAGAUGACAUUCUAAAACCGUAUGAAGUGUCUCCAAUCUUUGACAAGGGACAGAAAGACGUACUGGAAAUAGCUCAGGAUAGUUAUUCCUCUUUGAGGAAAGAAGCGCAAUCACGAGAUCAAUCAUUACGCAGUGAAGUAGUUGCAAAGGAUGUAGCUAGAGACAAACAAAACUUCAUAGUAGAUACCACGAUUCCAUCAAUUCAAGAUUUUAAGCAAGUGCAAAAGGGUAUUGAAGAGGAAAUAAAACCUUCUGUUGCAAAAGAAAAGGAAG